CUAAGGUAACCUGGAAGGUUUCUUAGCUUGCGUGGCUCUCUUACUGCAGAGCAAGGGGCCCGCCAAGAACAGCCGAGGAACUCCCAGAAGAGGGACGAGACUCAAAACGGUUCCACUUCUGCAACAACAGCCGUCCGAGCAAGUUGAUAAACGGAAACGAGGAAGGGGCCGUAGGACACUUCACUUGUUAGGAUGAAUUCAGCAGCAGCAGGGGCACAACACAGCGGCAUGAAGCUUAAGGAAUACUUUGCAAGGAUUUCUUACAAGGGGCCCCUGCGCCCCCUGGAUCUGAAAACCUUGACGGCGGUCUUGCAGUGCCACAUCCGGUCGGUACCGUUUGAAAAUCUCAACAUACACUGCGGGGAAACCAUCGGGUUUGGCUUGGAAGCCGCCUACGAGAAGAUUGUGCAGAGCCACCGGGGUGGGUGGUGUCUGGAGAACAACCUCCUUUUAUCGUGGGUCUUUCAGACCAUGGGCUACGACGUCACUCUUUUGGGAGGUCACGUUUACGUCCCUCUGGAAGACAGAUACGACGCCGCCAUGAAUCACCUCCUGUUGAAAGUGGUCAUCGAUAGUAAAGUCUACAUUGCAGAUGGGGGCUUUGGGAUAGCCUUCCAGCUGUGGGAACCUCUGGAGCUGGUUUCUGGGAAGGACCAACCUCAGAAGCCCGGGAUCUUCCACGUCACCGAAGACAACGGAGUGUGGUACUUUGACAAAAUAAAGCGCAAAGUGUACAGUUCUGAUCCUGAAAACAAAUCUCUCUACUUCGAUGGCCCAGAAGACUUGGCCUGCAAGAAGAUUUACUCUUUUACUCUCAAGCCACGUACAAUCGAGGAGUUCCUGGAGCAGAGUACGAUUCUCCAGACUGUCCCCGAGUCUUUGUUUGUUAAGAAGUCUAUCUGUAGUCUCCAGACCACCAGUGGCUUUCAGGUUCUGAUUGGCUGGACACUCACCGAAACCAAAUAUGAUUACAAGGACAACAUGGAUCUGGUUGAGCGAACCACCCUUACCGACGAAGAAGUGGAGAAAACACUGGAGGAGCCGUUCAACAUAAGAUUAAAGAAAAAGCUUGUCCCUAGAAAUGAAAGCUUAGUCCCCACAUCUUAGCUACAAUUACUAUCAGAGUAAAUUUGGGGAAUCCUGCCUGGGUCAAGUGUCCCCCAAAUCGUGAGAGAAAUAAAGAACAUUUGGGUUAUUUUUGCACGUUUCUAGAUUGCUAGCUAAUUUCACUUCAAGCGGAUUUUUAAAGUAAACAUAGGCCGCGAUCACACACACUAAAGAAUCCAUUUUCAAUCCACUUUCAAUGCACUUUCCAACUGGAUUUU